GUAGAUAGCGGCUAUCGUCCCUAUCGGCGCGAUAUGGGACGGCGACGCGCGGCGAUCGGCGACGUCUCAGCUAUCGGCGGAUUAGUGGCGAGCCUUGACGUCAGUCGGAGGAGCCCGGCGGCGGCGCAGUGUCUGUGACGCUGUGACGCCGCGUUCAGAGGUGACUGGCUGGAUAAGGUGGCUCCGACAGUGAGUGGUCCGCGGGUCAGUGGAUCCAGGCGUGUGGUCAGUGGAUGGUGCCGGGCUCGUGGGUGACCCACGGAGACACGGGGUCGCCAGGUCGGGGAGGUCCGGUGCCGUGACGGGGACGGUCGGCUGACGCUCGGCCAGCCGCCCCUCCGCCGCUGUCGGGGAGUAGAACCACCCAGCUGUGCCCCCAGCGUCUGUCAGGGAGCAGAACCACCCAGCUGUGCCCCCGGCGUCUGUCGGAGGGUGACCGGCCGGCGCGCCCGGCUGCUGCUGCCGAUCUGACCGCGCAGACCACCAUGGGACCUAACGGACGAGGACUGCCGCUGGUUUUGGUGGCCUUGCUCGUAUCGUCGGCCGUCUCUUCAGACGGGUCGCGGCCGUCCGGUUCGGCCGGCGACUGGAUGCCGAGGCUGCUGGAGCUCAGUGAGGACGAGGUGGUGGACGAGACGCAGCCCGAGGAUGUCGGACAGGCAGCCGUCGAUCCCUGCGUCUCCAUAGAGGACUGCGUCGUCAACUGCACGCUGCCCGACCUACAGGUGGUCAGCCUGCAGUCAACCGACUACCAGUGCCCGACACCCGGCCUGUGGACGAUCACGCUGAACGCCUCCUCGGAGGACGCCGUGCUCCGACUGCACGUGGAGCAGGCCUCUCGGCUGGCGGUGGACGAGUCGCUGACCGUGCUGGAGCCGGACGGCAGCACGCUGGCCGUGCUGACCGAGUCCCAGCCGACGGCCUGGGUGGCCGCGCCCUCCUCCUCACUGGUGCUGGAGUACCAGCAGGAGGACCCCGCCAGCCAGAUCCAGAUCUCCCUGGUGGCCUACAAUCAGACCCAAGAGAAUAAAGAGAUCACGGACAAGAUGUCGGGGACCAUAGAGGCGCCCGAUCAGGCUAACUGGACGGGCGGCGCCGACUACGCCGUGAACACGGAGCACCUCUGGCAUCUGAACCUGCUGGAGACGGCCAGCAGCAUCAACUUCACCGUCCAGAACCUGGAUCUGGACGCCGGGGCCGGCGACCUGCUCAUCAUCGGCGCCGGUGACGGCCCGUACGCCUCCGAGCCUGUCGCCCACCUCUUGACCGGGAGCUUCUCCACACGACACUACCACGUGCCGGCCGGCGAGGCGUUCGUCUACCUGCUGUCCCGGUCCCACGCGGCGCCUCGAACUCCGUUCAAAGUCAGCUACACAGCCGAGAAGGUCAUCGGCACGACGACCAUGGCGCCGACCACGACGGACCGCAACCACCCGCCGACGCCGAGUAACCAGGACUUCCAGCUGGACUGCUACAUCACCGGCACGGAGCCGGGCCGCUUCGUGGACCCCAACGACACAGCCACAGCUCACCUGCGGGAGACGCUGGCGCUCUGGGCCAACGUCUACAAAGGCGACCACAACGUGCCAGCCUGGCGAGAUGUCAGGUCGGACGACGUCCAGUUCAGCGCGUGGAUGAUGUGCGACUACACCUCCGGCUGGGUGGUCACCGACCCCAACUGCGUCCGGGUGACGUGGUUCAUCGAGCUGCUGGCCACCGACGGACAGUGGGCCUUCCUGGAGCCGCAGCUGUACGGCAUCGUCUUCGAGAACGGCGCCGGCAUCAACAAGGACCUGGGCUACCAGUUUUCUCUGACGCUGACCGAGGUCAACAAGACGCUGUGGUGGGCCAUCACCAUCGCGCUGGUGCCACUGGCGCUGCUGGUGUUUAUGGUGGUGAUGUGGAUGAGCUCCCGACCGGCGCACGCCAGAACGGACAUGGACGAUGAAGGCAGCAUUCCCGAAAUGGAAGACAUCGACGACCACAAAUAUGGCAUAGAUCAGGAAAUCAGGCCGUUUGAAGAAGACCGGGUGAAGCAGGCGUUCGCUGGGGAGGACACGCUCAAAGAGUUCGACCCGGAGGUGCACGGCGCCGACCGACACCACUACCUGCCCAAGCGGCCGCUCAAGUCGGCGCUGAAGGCCCCCAAGCCGGCGCCCCCGCCCUCGUACACCAACCCGGCGUUUGAGGGCGACGACGAGGCUGGCGGCGGAGACUCCUCACUGAAACAGGCGCUCAUCGCUUCGACCGCGGCACCAGCUGCGGCCCCGACUCCGGCUCCGGCUGCGGCCGCUCCGGCCCCGGCCCGCGCUCCGGUCCCGACCCCGACCCCGGCCCCGGCUCCCGUGGCUGCGGCUCCGGUGCUGCCGUCAGAGCCGGCCUCUGCCGAGCUGACGGAGCAGCUCAGACUGCUGAACGAGCUCAACAGGACGCUGAAGGAGGAUCAGCCGCAGGCGAGCGGCAUCGAGCUGCCGCGCGUCGACCGGCUCGUCAAGCCGCUCGGCGCGGCGGCCACGCCGAAAAAGUUCGUCAUGAACGAGGAUGGAACUGGAACCGAGGUUGACAUUGUACGACCCGGUAAGAACGUCAUUCAGCUGGAUGGUGAUGAUGACGGCGGAAACAGGAAGUCCUCCCACGUCUGAUCAAGCCGCAGCUGACCAGCGGGCUUCGGAAAACGUGAUGACUAUCGACUACCAUGCAUACAUAUCUGUAUACCCACUGUCAGAGAUACCCUAUAACCAUGUAUGUUUUAGACACUUUUAUCUACAUACUUCGACAGCUUUAAAUGCCACACUGAUGUUGGAUUGUUAGCUAUGUCUAUCUCUGUUUAUUAUGGAUAAGAAAGUUAAGUUGCCUGAUGUCUCGUGGGUACCCACGGGAGGUACGGGCACUAUCGGGAUUGGGUAGGUGAAGAAGUGCCUAACGAGUGGUGGCCGUAAGAGGUUGGUCUGGUCACCUGCAGUCCAUAGUGCCUCACAUCUGAUUUAGGAACGAAUGGCGCGUGACCCAUCGGGAAAAUGUCUAUAACCAUCCGAAUGUGCGUUGUAUCUUAAAUGAAAUACGGUUUGGCUCAAACUCAAACAAAAGGAGUCAGAAACUCCUUAUUGAAAUGAUGACGUUUUAACGUAAAAAGAGACGAAUUUGAAAACAUUGACUUUUCUGGUUUUAGAACCCAAGGUUUUGGUCACCUCAUACUAGGUUUUUAUUUCGCCUGUUCAAUAGAAAAGGUCAGCUGUUCCGGCUCCGGUGUUAUAUACAUACCUAUAGGAUACAUAUCUAUUUGUCGACCGGCGUUGAUUAAGUGCAAUGAAUGAACUUGCAAUUAUGCUAAUAAGAGCAAUUUUGUGAUUUACGUAUUUGUAACCAAUCGUGAUGGAUGAAUGAGAUCAUUCAUAUGUUUGGUGGCAUCUUAUUGGUUCUAUGUAACCAUGCACUAUUCAUAAGCAUUCGUUUCCAAUUCAACGAUUUUAUAGCCAUAUAUCGGGAGAGUGAUGACCAGUCGAAAAAGGGUUUCCAUCAAAAGUAGAAAGGCAAUUGCGUAAACACGGCUCGAACAGAAAUGCAAAAUUGAUAUAAUUUAUUCAUUUACAAAAUAAAUAGUCAUAUGUGG